AUGCGUCGAGCCAACACCAUCAAGCCGAAGUGGAAUGGUCCCAAGCACCUCAAGGCGUUCGAGGGCCAGAUCAACAAGUGGCCCAUCAAUCCUUUCACCGCGCCCGUGAUCGAGGUCAAGACCUUCUUCGACGGCUUCUUCGAUACCGAAAGGCAGGACCAUUUGAUCGAAGAAGCGAUGGACCCGUACUACUUCCAGGACGGCGUCGACGGCGCAGACCACAUGCCCGAUGCGUGCCCGCCGGGUUGGGCAUGCCCGCUGAGCCGCCACCUGAAGCGCCUCUUUGUCGGCCCUGCCACAAGUGCCCAGCUGGUAGCAUGUCAGGAUGUAGUGGAGUCCGCCGUCACCACCGGCAAGGUCAAGACCGCGAAGGUUGCCGAGCGAAACAAGGCCAAACGCAAGGCUCAGAAGACACGCAGGAAGGCCGCCGCGGCGGAGGAGGCGACGAAUGGCCCCCUGGACGAGGCUACAGCGGAAGGCAAGGGCGAAAACAGCAAGGAAGGCGCCGGGGCUCCUGGUGAGACUAUCGUCGAACUGUCCACGCUGGCUACCCUCCCCGGUUGUAUAACGACGGAAACCGAUAACAAGAGGAAAGACGAGACCAACGCCAGCGCCAAGAAUGACCGUCUUCCCCACGACGAGCCAAACACCCAGCUCAAGCCGGUCGCCCCUACCACCACCCGCAACCCAUCUCAGCUCGUCGCUGGCUGCAACCCCUUCUGCCCAGUCUGCAGCCCCCAAACCUCCCUCGUCCGCUGCUUCAAGGACACGCCCACUUACGACCCGCUCCGCGACCGCCCUUGCUGCACUCGCCGACUGGGUGUGUACGAGCCUUGCCCGAAGUAG